AUUGUUGCUGAUCUUUAAAAGAAGCUUGAAAGGCGAACAAAUAUACUUUCUUAGCUGAAAACAAGUUUUGUUCGUUCAUUGAAAAGCUUAAAUUGUCGCUCAAGACAUCUGCCAACUUAGCUAGCUACACAACGCAGAACAUGGCGUCGGGCACUGCUCCCAAUAACAGACGUUUUUUGCGGGCAGCCACAAUCUUGGAAACGAUCAACGAAGAGAAUCUGUAUGAGAUUUUCGUGAAUCAUGAAUAUACGGAUGAAGUCCUUAACUGUAUAGAAACGCAAAGUGAAAUGCGCGACGAGUUACAGGACUCGAACAUUUCAAAAGGUGCCGCACUUAAAUUUACCAAGCAAUGGUUCAAACAAAAGACAUCUCCUUCAGGAAUAUCUACUAAACCACUACUAAACGUAUCCACCAAAAUAUCCACUACAGAGAAAUUAAAAGCUGCAGAACGAGCUGGAAACCCAAAUUCAGAAGCGCAAGAAAUGACAAUAUCCCAAAAGUCUAAACGAAUACAUGGAGCAAUACAACUUGAUGAUUUGUACAGAAUUGAAAAAAAUAAAUGGGAAGUUGUUAUCAGGACACAAGGAAAGUCACAGCCUAUUAAAGCGACUGAUGUGAACCGACAUGUUAAAAAUACACUAACGAAGAAGUAUAAUGAGUGGAAAGAAGAAAAGAUCACAAACAACAAAACGAGUAGUUUAAUUUCAAGACUUUAUGAUAAUAUGAAAUCGGUAGAUGUUCAGGUGCUCAGUACGAAUGUGAGAAAUAGUUUAAAAGAUCUUAAUUUCAAAGAAAAUAGUUUUAUUCUGAUAGCAAACAAAGUUCCACAAGAAUACAGAGACUCGAACAUUUUGGCAUUUUUAAAAAUGAUACCUUGGCUUGCGGUCUUCGAUCUGUUUGACAUUAAAACAGAGAAGGAUGGCCUUUAUUUUAUUGUAAAUGAAACAAAUGAUCGAGCAAAACCAAUAAAGAAAGAACUACAUGACUUCAGUGAUUCCAAAAAAAAUGAAGAACUCUUAAAAGUUGAUACAACUUGGAUCACCCGUGGUGAGGAGUUUCAUGAGAAAAACUGGACACGAUAUUCCAAAGAUUCGUUGUACAAAGCGUUGUCAGCCUUUUGUGACUGCCCUACGGGACAUCCGCAUUGUGUUUUUCUGUUGAUGAGCGAUACGAAUUUAAAAGAAAUGGCUUGCAUUAUCGAGGCGUCAUUCAGCAUUAUUCAAGGAAAUGAUGCUCAUAAGCAUAUCAGUGUCAUAUCUGAGAAGAAAGAACUUAGGGCGAACUUGACAAAACUUUUAGAUGAUGACAUUAAUAAAGAUAUAAAACCUCCAUGCUCUGUUUUUGGAGUUCCAAUGAACGUUCUUAAGAGCAUAAUUAUGGAGCUAAUUGGAGAAGACGAACUAGAAGAACCCGAUGCAACAGUUGAGCUACCGUAUAUACAUGGUCACCAUCGUCCAGUGCUCAAUAAAAGAAUUAAGUCACUUACUGAUUUGGAUAUUUAUCUUCCACGCCCCCCGUUGAGUAAAAAUUUAGAAGAGAUUAAAAAGGCAAAGAAAAAUUUUUACAUGGGUAACGCUAUUAGUCAGUUAAAUCUCUUUUAUCGUGAUGCAAUUGAUCGAACCCUAGAAACUAAACUGUCCAGUCGUAUCGACGAACAUUUACGAAAUUUGUCCAGUCUUGAAAGUUUUUGUAGAAGUAGUGACGAUGAGUUUUUUGUCGAAACAGUGACCAUGCGAUAUGAAUCUGGUUCAGGAGCAACAACUCUUGGACGGCAGAUCUUAUGGAAGAAAAGAGACACUUACAGAUGCGCUGUUGUGAAAAAGAUCACAGACGCAACACAUUAUCACAUUACUCAAUUACAAAAAUUUCUAUAUGAAACUUCUGACUUCGACCCUUUACAUAUUCCACCGGUUUUAGUAUUUGUUGACAACUUUUCCGAACAGCAAGUGCACCGCUUAAGCGACAAACUGAUGACAAGUAAAACCAAAUGUCUUAUUUUAAAUACUGUGCCUGUUGGCAAGCAAACAAAUACUGAAGUUGACGACUUUCUCCUGGGAAAGCUGGAUGAUACUGAAAAAAGGCUAGUUUUAGGGGUUCUUAAUAGCUUAGAGAGCACUUUCCAGAAUGAACGCAUAACAAAGGCAGCGAAGGUUCUCGACCGCGAAGGAAGAUUCAUGUGGCUUGGUUUGGAAUUAUUUGGACGCGAAUAUGCAGACAUAGAAAAACGUUUGGAAAAACACAUUGAUGAAAUUCUAUUGUCGAUGGAUCAACUGAAAGAAGCGUAUCGGAUGAUUCUACAUUUCUGCUGUUUGUUAGACUAUUACAACAAACGCCGAUCUAUAUUUCCUCAACCAUGCGUCGAAGUCAUUCUUAGUUUGAAAGCUUCAAAAAUGGAUACAAUUCAUGAACAGUUUGGCGGACUCUUACUGGAAGAUUUUAAUGAAUCAGUGGGAUACUAUGGAUGGCGACCAGCCCACUCACUAGUGGGAGAGGUUGUACGUGAAAAAAUUGAUCUUUUCAACACUGCCAAAAAGUUGAUGGAGCAAAUAAAGAAUAAGAGUACAUAUGUCAACAAAUAUCUAACGGAAGACAUCGUAACUGUUUUCUUACAACGUGAGAAAAUUUCUGAAAGCCUUUUCGAUGAUAAUGACAGCGAUAACAGUGAAGAUGAACUGGUUGGCAUAUUAGAAGUGAGGACAAGGUACUCGCAACUAAUCUUGGACGUAUUGUCAAGCGAAGAGGUCAAGAACGUGCGUGAUGCAUUCGAUCUUUUGAUCAUGUUAAAUGAAACAGUUGAAACCACCCAGCUAAAAGCACGCACACUUCAACAGAUUUCCAGGAUGUUUGCCUACGAAAUUGGAAUGAGCACACUUUCAGAAGAGCUUUUUCCCAUUAUAGAACGUUUGAAUAAGAUAGUAAAACUGCAAGAAAACUUACUAAGAAAUGGGUUUGAUAUUGCCCAUAGAAUAAUAGAUCAAUCAAUAAAAAUGCAACCGUCAUAUCUUCAUCAUGUUGUUACGAAAGCAACAUUUUACAGAAGCCAGCUUAAAUACCUUCAUGAAAACGUCAAACGAAAACUAUCAGAAACCGACGAGUUGAAGUUUUUGAUCGAGGAAGCAAUUGAUACAACAAGAAAAGGAAUUGAUCUGUACGACGAUACAUUAAAGACAAGCAAUCGCGACAGUUAUUUACAUGCUAUGAUAGGGAAAAUACACACAAUAGUCGUCGUUGUGGAGAUGUUCAAGAACUUGCCUCAUUUUUUGCAUCAUGAUGAUGGUCCUGAUGAAAGUUAUCGAGAGUACCUGACAUUUCAUAAGCAUCCCAAGCAGCUGAGAGACUUGAUACAAGAAGAAAACCUUGACUAUUUUAUUUUCCUUACAAAGAGCGCUGUUCAAGCCUUCAACGACUUUUUCGGUGAAAUAAAGUUUCAGCGUAAGCUUUCAUUCAAAAAACAUGAAAUGAAGGAAUUAGAAAAUGCCCAAAUUCGACUAAAAAAGUUAAGGACAAAGUUUUACAAAUUGACAAAUCUUGAUCGAACCAGCAUUGAACAAGGAUCGGUGUUGAACGAGGAUAUUGUUUACGACCUUUUGUACAAACAUCACGAAAAUCCCUUUAGUUCAUGGGCAAGAUUAACUUCGCAGCAUGUUGAAAUUAUAUAUAUCCUCCUUAAAGACGAAGUCCAACAAGAAAGCAGCUCUCAUAAUGCAAUGCUAACAUUUGUUAAAGCAGCGAUUCGACAAGACAUCGACAUCGACACUUUAUCAAAAAUGGUGCAAUCAUGGUGCAAGAGGUGCCCUAAAUCAUCUUGGGCACAUAUGUUUAAUUAUAUGAUUCAUUUUCCUACUCCAAAAAAUUCACUGAAAACCGAUGUGAACAUAGUGAAAAAGUCAGUAAGUGAAUGUCGCAUAAAAAUCGAGCAAAGAAUUACAGGUUUGCGAAGAUCUGGGGCUGAAUAUCUGUUGGGGAAAGGUAUUGGAGCGAGAUCAAUUAUUUCACCGGACAAAGUUGUCAUUCAUAACCAAGAAGAAAGCACAGAUAUUACUCGCAGCCGAGACACUCAAUAUUGGCGCAGUAAAACCGUGUAUGAUAAACUCGAACGAUUAGUAGGAAAGAAAAGCAAACCGGGAGUAUUGACUUAUAGAGACAUCGAGAUUCCAUUUGACAAUGAUAGAUAUCCACAGAUCAGUCGAGAUGAUUUGUGGUUUUGCUUGGGAUUUACAAUCACUGGACCAUAUGCUUAUGAUCCAAUUGUCAAAGACACGUAUGAUGAACUACAAAAGCAAUUUGAACUGAAGCAAAAUAGUGCACAGAAAGGUGACAUGAUGUCGGAGAAAGCAUGGCCAAAACAUUACCCUACUCGACACAAAAUUUCAGAUGCUAAUAAUGCGACCAAAAAGCAAAGUCCAAAACCGAUCUUAGAUAUAGCCUCCGGUACAGUACAACCACAGGAGGGAAAUGAUUCAAAGCCAGAAUUCAGCUCUUCAUCAAACAUUUCCGAAAAUCGAUUAGCAGAUAUUAAAAAAAAUUCACGAUAUCGAAAAACAGUCCGUACUCCAGAAGGAAAUCAACUUAUUUUCCAUCCAGUCAAACUAUCAAAAGGAGGAAAAAUACAACAUGGAGCUGUUGUUCAAGGAGCUAAAAAAUCUGUUGAAUGUCAUCGUCACACUCUGCUCACGGGAAAAGAUUUCCCACCAAACUGUACAUUUGCUCAUUCAUGGAAGAAUGACCCAAAAAGGCAAACUAUUUGUGAAAUCUGCACUAAACGUAGAAGAGAAAAAUGUUGGGACAAAAACCGGCACAAAGCAAAGCAUUAUGAUCUAGGACCGUAUGAAAUAAUUAGACAAAAUUUAAAAGCUCAAGAGUUUUGUGGAGAAGCUCUGGACAUUCAUAAAAAAUUGCAGAGUACUGCUGUUGUCGAUACGAAAAAGGAAAUACAAGAAGAGUGUGAGACCGACGAUUCGAGUGAAAGCGAAGACGAAGACGAAAACAUUGCUGACUUCAAAAAAAAGUUUCUUGAUGAAAACUGCAAGAUCCGUCCUGAAGUUUGGAAAAAAAAAUCGAAUUUCUGUGGAAAAAAACUAUGACGUGUGAAAUCUUGGUGUAAGUUCUACUUUUCUUUCUGUUUUUUCAUCUUUAUUUAUAGUUUUUCGUGGUUGAAUGGAGAAUUUGAAUUAAAUGACUUCCUAAGCCUUCUUUUUAUGUGACCGCGAGCGAUGUAAAAAAAGUAGAUGUAGUUAGAUGUAUUGAAAAUGAAUUUGGAAGAGAGGAUUCUAAAUACUUUGAA